CUCCAGCAGGGGGCGUCAGCGGCAGCCGUUCCCCCGCGGGACGCCGCUCUGUGGCCGCAGCACUUCCGGGCCGGGCGGCGGCCAUGGCGGCGGGCAGCAGGCGGGCUGUGUACCCCCUGUUCCAGCUGGGCGGCCCCCAGCUGCGGAUUUUCCGCCCCAACUUCUUCAUGCUAGCGGUGCGGCCCGGUGUGCCGCAGCCCGAGGACACCGUUCAGUUCCGCGUCUCCAUGGAAAUGACAAAAGUGGAUAUCAAGAAUUACCUUGAGAAAAUCUAUAAUGUGCCAGUAGCUGCUGUGAGGACCAGGAUACAGUACGGUGCAAACAACAGGAGAAACCAUAAGAAUCAGAGAGUGAAGAAGCCAGAUUACAAAGUCGCCUAUGUACAGCUGGGUCAAGGGAAAACCUUUCAGUUUCCCAACCUGUUUCCAGAGAAAGAAGACUCAGAAGCUGAGGCUUUCGAUGACUUCAGGAACAAGUUCAUGGAGAAAGAGCAGCAGAGCAACAAGGGUGACCCCAGACGAGGCGGAGUCCCCGAUUGGUUUGGACUUUGAUGCAAGAAGCCAGCUGCCUUUUUUUAGGCCCGGAGGGAUUUUAAUCAGUAGAACUUGUACUCUUCUUGUAAUGACUGAGGGUUUAUUCCUGAGCAGUGCUUGCUAGCGUGUUUUUUUUUUUUUCCUGGCUGUUUAUUCUCGACUACAACAAAAUGGCCCUAAAGAAAAUAAAAGCUUCCAAUUUAGGUAACUCCGUCUUUACCAUGGUGACAGUGAAAUUACAAGAAUUCAUCUAGCACUGCCAUGUAACUUCCUAGCUGGUUGGUCAGCCUUGAGCAAGCAAACAGUCAGGAGAGGUUGGAGUCACCAGCUUCCGUACUGGCAUUGAGAACCCAAGCUGAGAGGAGUUUAUUUGCAGUACCAAAUAUGCACUAGGCUGAGUUUCUGACUGGAGUGGCACAAAAGGGAAGAAAUAGAGAGAUGAGUAUACCCAUAUCUAUAUGAACUUGCUGCAACCAAAUUCUGGCAGAUACUCAAGCUACUUUUAAGAGAAAGAACUUACGUUUCCAGCUACCUCUAAAACAGUGUACCUGUGAAAUUAAGGUUUACAUGAGUUCAAGGGGAGACGUUCAUCAGUGAGAAAUACACAGAGAUUAAGAACAUAGUGAUUGCAGUAUUUGCAAGAAGUUGGUGAGCAAAAAUUGUUGGAAGAGAACACCAGAGGAAAGCACCAAAUACCUCUGCUGAAUUUUAUUCCUCCUUGAGUGUCAAUUGCGGCUGCUGUUGGAGACAAGAUACUGAAUUGUGAACUUUCAGCCUGUUCUGGUAACAGAUGCUCAUUGUGACGUGAACGUAAUUUCAGUACCUGCAGAGGAGAAAUGACGACUGGAGCCACCCGAGCUUAAAGUGCCAUUUUUUUAAACAAAGGCGUCAUGGCUCAACAUUGCAAGUGUUGGCACUGGGGAUGUCACACAGUGCCCAGCAGCAAGAAGUUCAAGUGCCCGACUGUCCCUUCCAAGCCCAGCGCGGACGGCAGUCCGGAUGCAGACGCCGCACCGAUUACCACAAAUGUCUGUGAUGUUGAUCCUGGCAAGAGAGUUUUAUUAGAAAGAAGCAGCGCGGCGCUGCGGCUGCCAACCUCCCUCUGCCGUGUUGACGCUCGGGCAGGUGAAGCGAACCCAACGCGGCUAAAUUUUACCAGAUGGGACAGCUCGUAGACAGCUGCAGAAAGAAUACAGGCCCAUGACGGCAUGCCAAGAAUAGCUAUUAAACAUAAUCUUUUAAUAAGGGUUCCUCUCCCGUUUCUUCCUGCAGAAGGAUGCAAAAACCAGUGUCCAGUGCAGCAACAACCAAGCGCAUCUUAUGUCAGUAUUUAACUACAGACAAAACACUCCAGAAGGAAGGCUCAAAUCAGCUUUAUUUUGUUCCUUCCCCUCUUGAAAGAAAAGCAAUGGACAAAUUUGGAUUUUCGGUGCAAAACGAAUGUGCUUGGGGACUGCAACUUCCAAAAUAUAUAACGGUCCCAAACCAAAGGGUUUUCUCUGGGCAUUCAUACACAGUGCCAAGGCAAGGGGCUGAAGUGGAGGGGAGCAGUGCCCACACUGGAGCAGAGGCCAGGAUCGGCGGGGUUGCAAAUGAGACCUAGUACCACAUCCCAGCUGGGGGAAUGCUGCUUUGGCCCUGUGCACAAUCCAUUAUCCCUCCAUAUGCUCCAGAUGAAGGCACUCAAGAUUUUAAGGCUUUGGCUUGCAAGGUGUUGACUGAUUUCCUCAUGGGGAACUGCAUCUGGAUGGCCACCCACAGUGCCCCAGGACAAGAUGCAAAGCCAAGAUAUUUUCUGCAUGUGCAGUGCAGCCUGGUGCAUGCAGUGCAGCCCCAUGUGCGUGAUGCAGGCACAUAUGUGCAGUGCAGCCCUGUGUGUAUAACACCAGCAUGCAAAACAUUCUGUGACCUUACCUCAACACACACUCUGCAAACGCAAAGCCCCUGGCAGCACAGCACCUGCUAUCUGUCAAACUCGGCACUCGCUCCAUUUGCAGCAAGCCCUCUGCUCUGCUCUGGAGCAUCACCACCGCACACUGAGGUCAUGAGAGCAAACACAGCAUCGGGUGCAUCGCGAUAAGGCAACUGACUCAUACUGUGCAGCCCACCCUUGGCAGUCAUUUAAAUGCUUGAUUUUCCACAUUUUUCCCCAUUCCAAUUCUCAUUUUGGCAAUUAUCUCUCCUUUUUCUUUUUUUAACUCUUUAUUUUUACUUUUUCUCUGGAAAACUUUCAGAUGCGACCUUUAGCCAGCUACAUAGGAAGGUGAGAAGGAUCUCAGCAAAGGCUUGGUGAUGGGAGCACCGCUGGGUUCUAUCUUUAAAAUGCUCAUUGCCAGCAAGCAGGCUGGGUUGGGCCUUCCCUUGCAAGGCAGGCGGGUGAGUUAGGUGCCCAUCGCCAUACAAGAGACUCCAGGGCAGGCAAUCUGGGUGGCAAUGCCCAGCAGAGAGGGGGGAAGAUGAGACAACCUGAGGCCAUGUGCACAUAUUCUUCACAUACAUAUGCCUGUAGUAGAUGUCUGUUUAUUGCAGGGGAGUUGGACUAGAUGACCCUUAAGGGUCCCUUCCAACUCAAACAAUUCUAUGAUUCUAUAUAUAUGCUGUAUGUAUAUGAUACAUAUGCAUCAAAACCAAUGCAACAACCCCACACCAAGGGCACUGUUUGGGAGAACCAGCCCUGGGCUAUCUGCACCCCUUGCUUUGCCCACCCAUGGGCAUGUCCCUUGCCCUCCAGCAUUGCCCUUGCUCUGUUGCAUAAAGUCUCUACAUGCCAUUCCCCUUGCUGGUGCUGCUGCCAGCAUCCCUGCAAGGGCCUUGGGGGGGCACAUCUCCCUUUACAUAAUAGUCCGUACCCACUGAGCCAAAUGCCAACCCCAUCCUCUAUGGGAGCGCUGCUGCAGAGGAAAAAAACAGGAAAACAUAACAAACAGGAAUUUAGUCCCAGAAAGCACCUGGAGAUAAUAACCCAGGGGAAAAGAUGCCAGGAUAUUUCUAGUUAACAGUGAUACUGCUGCUGACCUGGAUUGGGAAAAGGGUUUUGUUCCGUAGCACAAUUUAUGCACGGACUAGAGGUUGAAUUCCUUGGCUUUCACUCACCAGCAGCAUCUCGCUUGAACGUCACUGCCAAAGCCAGGACAUGGUAAAGCAGGGGGUGAGGCAUUUCUCCUCCUCCGCUCCCUUUCCACUUCCCAUUUUGGCAAUUACUGCCUUCCCCUAAGGCAUCGUCCUUCCUCCUGGCCUUCCCGGGGGGCUCGGGAAGCAGAUGUGCUCCUCAAAAAACCGUGCUCCACCAAAAACCUCUGCCUGCUGGUGCCCUUUGGCAUCACACUGUCCUGAUGGGUGCACCGAGCAUCCUGGUGGGAACUGGUGAGCACUCCAAUAGGGAUAGUCAAGCAUCCUGACGGGACUUCCUGAGCAUCCGGGCAGUGCUCCUGGGACACCCCACGGGUGGUGGCACCCAGGGGGAUGGGAGGGUCCCUCCCGGGAGGGUCCCUCCCCCGGAUCGUGGCACCGAGGCGUGUCCCCACCCUCGGCUCCCCUCUCCUCUGGUCCAUCAGGCGGCAAGCCGAGUGGAAGGGGACUUUGGGUGCAAACAGUCCCCGCACCCCUGGCACAGGAAUGUCGGGAGCAACAAGGGGGCCUUUGUGCAGUGCCGUCCCCGUCCCAGUGCCCCCAGCCUGGCCCUCCCCUAGCCCCAGCACUGCGCUUUCCCCCCUGCUUUUUCCUAGUAUUAUUCGCAGGAGCGGCGGCGCGCAAGAAUGUGCCCCGUCAGCACAAGCGGCCGCAAAGAGCUAAAUUCUUAUCAGCUGUUGGAAAGGAGGAAACAGGAGCUGUUGUUUACAGAGAAGUCGGACGCCUCUCCCUCCGCAGCCCCUUCUCCCCUCCCUGCCGACAGUGCAUGACAACAAAUUUGCCGCCUGGACUUCCUCUUGGCUGUUUUUUUUUUUUUCUUUUUAUUUCCUUUUUCUUUUUUUCCAUGCUCAGCAUCCAUCCCCAUGGCCGUGCCA